AGUAGAGAGAGAGAGAGAGAGAGAGAGAGAGAGAGAAAGGGGUUGGGUCCCUUCACUCUCCUUUGUGGUUGAUAAGCUGUGUCUAGCUAGUAGUAAAAAGAAACACAUAUACAUAUAUAUAGUAAAGUAGAUGAGCUAUAUAAUAAUAUAGCUAACUGGGUUUAUAUAGAAGAAGCGGUGGUGGUUGCAGUAGUAUUAGCGUUUUGUGAGUGUUCAAACCCUGUUGAGAGGUUAAGAUAGAGAGAGAGGAAGAACAGACGAAGAAACUAGUGAAUUUGAAGGGCUACAUAAAACUAAAGAGGAAAAGAUAAAUAUAGAUAUAUAUAAAGAGACAGUGAAAGAUAGAGUUUGGGCGGGGAGAGAGAGAGAGAGAGAAAUGGUGGGCUCAGGAGGAGCAGAUAGAAGCAAAGAAGCAGUUGGGAUGAUGGCCCUUCAUGAGGCCCUCAGAAGCGUCUGUCUCAACACAGACUGGACUUACUCUGUCUUCUGGACUAUCCGUCCUCGCCCAAGAGUCAGAGGUGGUAAUGGUUGCAAGGUUGGGGAUGAUAAUGGAAGCUUGAUGUUGAUGUGGGAAGAUGGGUUUUGCCGAGGAAGAGUAGGAGAUUGUCUGGAAGAUAUUGAUGGGGAGGAUCCUGUCAGAAAAGCAUUCAGCAAAAUGUCUAUCCAGUUAUAUAAUUAUGGAGAAGGGUUAAUGGGCAAGGUUGCUUCUGAUAAGUGUCAUAAAUGGGUUUUUAAAGAACCUUCUGAAUGUGAACCAAAUAUUUCCAACUAUUGGCAGAGUUCUUUUGAUGCUCUUCCUUCAGAGUGGACUGAUCAAUUUGAGUCUGGUAUUCAGACUAUUGCUGUCAUUCAAGCUGGCCAUGGACUUUUACAGUUGGGUUCCUGCAAGAUUAUACCUGAAGACCUUCAUUUUGUGCUAAGAAUGAGGCAUACCUUUGAGUCAUUGGGCUACCAAUCUGGAUUUUACCUUUCCCAGCUUUUUUCCUCAACUAGAAAUACUUCAUCCUCUUCCUCGAUUCCUUCUAAGCAAUCUGCAAUACCAACCCGCCCCCCUCCGGCCCUCUUCAACUGGGGUCAAAGGCCACUCCCGUCUGCAGCUUCUAUGCUUGCUUCACCGAAUUUCCCAGGAGCUAGACUUGGAUUUCCACAAGCCAAAGAUGAGCCCCAUAUGUUCAUCCUACCCCAUGCAGCAGAAAACCGAAUGGAAGAGAUGAUGGGAGAGCACGAAAAUGACAUAAAAUGGCCUAAUGGUUUGUCUUUCUUCAAUGCUUUAACUGGGCGAACUGAUGACGCAAAGCUUUUGUUUAACCCUGAAAGCUUAGGGAACAAAGCAGAUCAAAAUCACCAUCCAAUUAUCCUUGAAGGGAAGAAUCCAAAUGCGAAUCCAGAUCCUUCAAAUAUGCAUAAUGCUGGCGGUGCAAAUCCCAAUGAGUUCUUAAGCUUGGAUAGCCAUCCGGAUAGUGCAAGGAAAAUGGAAAACAAGUUCAAAAGGAGCUUUACUUUGCCCGCAAGAAUGGCUACUUCAUCGUCUUCAACUUCAGUCGAUCACCAUCAGCAACAACCUGUUGAGUUGAGGAAUUCCGAAGCAGGGAUGUAUUCGGAUGUCAUGGAAACGUUCUUGGACUGAAAAGUCUGCAGAGGGCCCUGUAGGGAGAAUUUUAGAGUGAGGAAGAGUUGUAUGUAGGGAAAAAGCUUUUGUGGACUUCUGCUACUGGGAUUCUUGUGCUUGUUUUUAGUGUCCCUUUUAUUAGUUUUGUGUUUCUCUUUAUCUGUUUACUGAACUUUCUAAUCAUUAAUUUGUUGUACUAGAUCCUAACAUAAGUUUUCCUCUAAAGCUUUUUGUUCAAAAUAGAGGAAUUAAGUAGUA